CUUACAGUAAAAAAUGGCAUUUCAGAAGGCAGUGAAAGGAACUGCUCUCAUUGGAGGAGGUGCCAUAGCAACAGUUUUUGGCCUCUCUCAAUUUUCUCAGUAUAGAAACAAACACGGUACCUUUGUGCAUGUUCAAGCUGCAGAAGGUGUGACUCUUCCAGUAAAGAACCAUCUCCCCACAAGGGAAGAGCAGAUUUUGGCACUGCAAACCGCAGGUGAAUUUGAUGUCCUCGUUAUAGGCGGAGGAGCAACAGGAUGUGGCUGUGCUUUAGAUGCAGUCACCAGAGGACUAAAAACAGCCCUUGUAGAAAGAGAUGAUUUCUCAUCAGGGACCAGCAGCAGGAGUACUAAAUUGAUCCACGGUGGAGUGAGAUAUCUUCAGAAGGCCGUCACCAAGCUGGAUGUUGAGCAGUACAAGACAGUGAAAGAAGCACUGGAGGAGCGUGCAAAUCUGCUUGAAAUUGCUCCUCACCUCUCAGCUCCUUUACCGAUAAUGCUACCUGUUUACAAAUGGUGGCAGUUGCCAUACUACUGGAUUGGAAUAAAAAUAUACGACAUGGUGGCUGGAAGUCAGUGUCUGAAAAGCAGUUAUGUUCUGAGCAAGUCGAGAGCCUUGGAGCUCUUUCCGAUGCUACGCAAAGACGAGCUUGUUGCAGCUAUUGUCUACUACGACGGACAGCACAACGACGCACGGAUGAACCUCGCCAUCGCCCUCACUGCUGCCAGGUACGGCGCUGACAAUUACGCUGAAGUGCUGCGCUUGCUCAAGACCACCGACCCGGCCAGCGGGAAGGAGCGGGUGUGCGGCGUGCACUGCAAGGAUGUCUUAACAG